UACACUCAUAUGUUGAGCUUGUAUAAAUUAAGCUAUAGUUAAACCGUAUAUUUAGAUAUAUGUAAGUAGAAAACUUAUGAUCAUUUGUUCACUACUCGCAAAUACCUAUCUCAUCAGCCAACUCAUGUACUACUAUUUGCUUCAUUUCACAGAUCAUUGGCUGUGAGAGUUAGUACUAGUUUUGAACCUUAUCUUGAUUUACUUCACAAAGGUAUACGGGUCAAAAAACAUAAACCCAAAUCAUGCCAGAAGCAGUAGAUACUUACAACAAACUUGGUACAGAGGAAGAUGAUGUGUACACUAAAGAUGGCACUCUUGAUUACAAGAACAAUCCUGCUAACAAGAACACCACAGGAACCUGGAAAGCUUGUCCUUACAUUCUUGGAAAUGAAUGCUGUGAAAGAUUAGCCUAUUACGGAAUGAGUACAAAUCUAUUGCUUUAUUUCAAGAAUAACCUUAAUCAGCAUAGUGCUACAGCCUCAAGGAACCUCUCGAAUUGGUCAGGAACGUGUUAUAUAACACCAUUGAUUGGUGCAUUUGCUGCCGAUGCCUAUUUAGGCAGAUACUGGACCAUUGCUAUCUUUUCUGUCAUAUAUGUUUUUGGAAUGACGUUAUUGACAAUAUCAGCAUCUGUUUCUGGCUUAAAGCCAACUUGUAAGUCGAAUGACGAAGAUUGUCAUGCGACAACUACUCAGGUUACAGUAACCUUUUUGGCACUCUAUCUGGUGGCUCUAGGAACCGGAGGGAUCAAGCCGUGUGUGUCAUCAUAUGGGGCAGACCAGUUUGAUGAUGCAGACGAAAAGGAGAAAAAGUACAAAAGCUCUUUCUUUAAUUGGUUCUAUUUUUCAAUCAACGUUGGUGCUUUGAUAGCGGCUUCAGUCCUUGUUUGGAUCCAAGAUAAUGUGGGUUGGGGAUGGGGAUUUGGGAUCCCGGCUGUGGCCAUGGCAAUCGCUGUUGGCUCAUUUUUUUCAGGUACACGCUUGUAUAGGAACCAAAAACCCGGUGGAAGCCCAUUGACCCGUAUAUGUCAGGUCAUCGUGGCUUCUUGGAAGAAACGUGGAGUCCAAGUUCCUAGUGACAAGUCAGCUUUGUAUGAGAUUGCAGACAAUGAGUCUGCUAUAGUUGGAAGCCGAAAACUUGAUCACACCAAAAAGUUCAGUUUCUUGGACAAGGCGGCGGUUGAGUUAGAAUCGGAUCAUAUUAAAGAACCAGUUGAUCCAUGGCAUCUUUGCACGGUCACACAAGUUGAGGAAUUUAAAUCUAUCAUUAAACUGCUACCUAUUUGGGCCACGGGCAUCAUCUUUAGUACAGUUUAUGGUCAAAUGAGUAACUUAUUCGUGUUACAAGGGUCGUAUAUGGACAUAUACCUUAAUAAGUUUGAAAUACCACCUGCGUCCCUUAGCAUCUUCGACACUCUAAGUGUCCUUUUCUGGGUCCCAGUCUACGACCGGAUUUUAGUACCUGUUGCCCGAAAAUACACGGGCAACAAGGCAGGCCUGACCCAACUUCAAAGAAUGGGGACAGGCCUGGUGAUCUCAAUUUUUGCAAUGUUAGCAGCAGGAAUUCUAGAAGUUGUUAGGCUUGGGAUUGUUAAACGACACAAUUAUUAUGAUUACAAGCAUAUGCCCAUGUCGAUUUUUUAUCAAGUCCCACAGUACUUCUUGAUUGGUUGCGCCGAGGUUUUUACAUUUAUUGGACAACUGGAGUUCUUUUACCAGCAAGCCCCGGACUCAAUGAGAAGUUUGUGUUCUGCUCUUUCACUUACAACCGUCGCACUCGGAAGCUAUUUGAGCUCUUUGCUUGUGACAAUUGUAACAAAUAUUAGCACUAAAGGAGGCAAGCCCGGGUGGAUACCAGACAAUCUGAAUCACGGUCAAUUACAAAACUUUUUCUGGCUCUUGGCGAUUCUGAGCGUGUUAAAUUUUGGGGCUUUUCUAUUGAUUUCAAGAUGGUAUACCUACAAAAAACCGGUUGGUACUCUUUCUAUCAAUCUUAUGGAAGUCACGCUUUCUUCUGAACGACUUACAAAUUCAGAUCACUAAAAUUACCAUAUGUUGUAUACAUUGUUUUGAACUUAUAGUUUGUUUUCUUUUUAUUGUAUUUACAGCUGUCAAGUCUCAAUUUAACCUUUGUUUAUAUGUUGUAAUGUAAUUUUACUGUCCAACUGUGAAGAAAUGAUAAUGAAAUAAGAAUGUAUGUACAUUGUUUUUAGAAACA